AUGAACUUCAGUGUGUACUCACUGUGCAAUUUUCGUAUCAGGUGGAAAGCGCUUCUACUGUGUUGGCUUUUGUUGCUGGUGCAACCGUCAUUCCAGGGUAAGUCCUCCUAACACGCGUCUCUUCCUAAGGCAAUGACCCAUAGGUAUCAUGAAGUUCCCAUGCAGAUAGACUGGCGUUAAGGCAAAUUUGCUAUGGACUGUGUAAAGACUAGACGAGUUAAAAAUGACUUACUUUCAGAAUAUUCGGGCAUUAACAAACGACCUGGACCAAUGUGGCGAGGAGGAGAGUGUGAGGUAGCUCUUGCGCAAGUCUACCCUCGCCAUGAGCUAAUUCACGCGAAAGUCACCGUCCCUGCUCUCAUCUUGCACACGGUGGACAUCGUCGGGCACGAAGGUCCAAGUUUCAUGGUCUUUUUAAGCGAAGACUCUCCAAUUAUAACGAAGGUGAGGGUCCACUUCGGGGGUGAGAGCGCACCAGAGACUUGUGCGUGAAUUUGUCUCUCAUGGAGCUGGUUGUGGGCCCGAUUUCAGACAGAGCUGAGUAGUCAGAUUACGCAUGUCACAGGCUACCUGAGAUCUAACUUCUCAGUACCAAAUUUCAUUGAAGAGUCUCGUAGCGUGCUUGAUCGAUAGUGCUGCACAGAGAGUAUUACUUCAAUCACAGUCGUACAUUUUCGUCGGCAGACUACCUACUGCACGGUAUGUCCAAAAGCCGAUGCGAAUUGGCUUAUCUGACGCGUUCUGCCAAGCACACGUCUGUGUCAAACCUACUGUUGAGACAGUUGGACGUGGUGUCUGGUAUGACGGGAAGUAUCCUACCAGAACAGACCACGCAUGUUCUGCCAUCUAAUGAGUGGACAUACGAAGAGCAUUCAGACCUAUAUUAGGCUACCUAACUCAGGAAACCUGUCCAAAUUUACGAAUGCUUGCUAAUUACUAUCAAACCGACACCCAUGCACGAACCAAAUAUCUAUGUUAAUAAAUGACAACUUCAAGAGAAUGAAAACAUAAAAGUAAUAUUAAAGGUGAUGCUAAGUUUUUGAUAAUAACCCAUUUAUUCAAAAAACCGGAGAAUCUCCAAAAUGUCAGAAAUAGUUCUUGUUAGGUAAACCAUAACUGUAUGUGCAGAGAAUGCCUCUCCAUGCAAAACCCUGAGUAAAUAUGACAGCGCAAAUAGAGUAGUCCCUGAAAAUAAUCUUUUGGUGAAGUUUACAUCUAGGUGCUCCUUGAGAAUACGUGUAAUUUCGGGUAUUGCGGCUUUCCAGCAGUCUGCAUUCAGAGUAAAGAUUCCAAAACUGUUUCCCGGGUAUUAAUUGUAGGAUGCAGUUUAAUAAGCAAACAGGAUUUUACUUGAUCGCGCUGAUAGGCGCGUCAUAGCAACAAAACGUUUCAUAAAGGCACAUGUUUUCAAGCGGUUCAGUGACCAGUAAAUGCGAAAAGAGUUGACGGGUGUAAUCGUGAACAAAUCAUUUUGCGUAUAUAAUGAGAAAUACUCUUGCGUUAAAUUAGUCUGCAUCUUGUGCUUGUUCUGGAUCACGCAGAAUUUAAGAUCAGCAUUCAAAUAUUGCCGAACACUUCAUGAUUUUCAGUGUUUUCAAUCGAUUGCCCAAAAAGUCAGAUUCAAAAUUGUCUUUGCUAAAACCUUGAGAAUAAGAUAUUUCUUGAAGGCAUUUGCCGAAGUGGCGAAUGUACAGGCGUUCUUCACAUAUAGAAGAUCGCUUGGGUUACAUUUUAAGACGCACCCAAACGUGGAACCAUAUCGUCGAAUAAAAUAAACGCCCGUAAAAAUAUCAGCAACGAAUUUGCUUUCGAUCAGUUAGAAAAUCUCCUUUAAUAAGUAAACUAUUUAAGGAACAUUUUAAGACCGCUUUCCGUUGGCUAAUGUCCACGUACUUUAAUUUUUACGCGUCGAAACCGAAAAUAAUAUGUCAAACUUUUAGCCAUUUCUUCCACCUUGCUAAAAAUGCUGACAUUAUGCCACCACAAGCGUAAAAACUCGCAUUUCUUGAGAAUUAGUUACCCUCCGUUCGAAGGAAAACAUUCGCAGCUGCGCAGCCGAAGUCAACGAUAGGUAUCAACAUAGGAAAUCGCCCAAAUAUAUUGCAACGCUCACUUCCGCUCAAAUUUAUGCUCACUUCGCCUGAAAAAAUUGCCAAGACACGUUAUAUGCACAAGAAAAGAACAUUUCCUUGAAAGACUGGAAACGCGGGCAAAAUACUCAGUGUGAGACGUUCAACAAUUCUCCCAUGAGUUUCUAUCAUCGGGUUUCAUGUGAUAAGUCACCAACUGUAUUCUAAUAAAUUUAACCUAUCCAUGAGAUCUCGGUCGGAGUGGCCAGUUCAAACAACAUGACCAUAAACAUCAUGUGUCUGUAUACGUCUACGAGAAAAUCGAUGAGUGAAAAUCCUUUCAUUUAACUCCCCCUCCCCCCCAUUCAUUUCCUUCGCUGUUUUGGCCGUCCUGCAUUAUUGGUUUAAGUUCCUGUGUGAAGUGGAUAGAACGGCUGGUGGAUAUAUUUGCCUGCUUCGCUUUAUUGAAGAGAAAAGCAAGCAUGUCAUUUGGUGCACUUCUAGGCUUUGCGUUUUAUCCGUCAUUGUUUCCUUCCUACGCGUACGGCUGCUAAGCCGCCGUCUGACAUAAGCUGCCUGAUUGACACACCGAGAGUCUUACUUUAUAGUAAACGCCAUGAAAUGCAUUCUAAUCCCCCAUCCCUUAUAUUUACAUAAACGCGGAUACUUGUCAUUCAUAUUUCAUAUUGACCCAACUGUGAAAAACUCGGUGUCUCGGUGGGAUUCGAACCCACACAGUAAGGGGAAGGCUUUAGUACAGCCAGCGCUCUAACCACCUGCUUGGGCAGUCAUCUUACUGUAUCAGAUUUGGUGGAUUCCAGACGUUGCAGUAAGUUGGGCGGGUAACUUGACCCAAAUGUGAUUAAACUCGAGUCGUCCGGUCGGGCCUCGUAGCUCAGGUGCUUAGAGCGUUGGCUGUACGAAAGCCUUCCUCUUACUGCGUGGGUUCGAAUCCCACCGAGGUAUCGAGUUCUUUACAGUUGGAUCAAUAUGAAUUAUUCAAAAUCUGCCAAAACAUCUAUGAAUUCAUUUUUCAGCUUUCUUCUUUACUGAGCAAGCAUUGACAAGGGAGCCUUGUCGGUCAAACCCGCUCGAAAGGCAGCCAUUUGUAAAACCUUAUCAUACUCGACGCAUCUCUUGCUAUCAGGGCAGCCCGUCGCUCACCGCUAACAAAAUAAAGUUGUCUUUUUAUUUUUCAGUUUGGCCGAAAUUACAUUUGUUUUACCUGCCCUUUAAUAUGAUAAACGGCAAUUAUUUUUAAUUUAGAUAAACCUGCUGUCUACGGUAAAUUCCAGUCUACGUAUCAAGAUGGCAGCACGCCAAGCCUAAAAAUAGAGAAAACUGGAAGCAUUUUAGAGUGAAACAAUAAAAAACAUUUCGGGCUGAACUCAGCAUUUCAGUUAGUGCGAUGUCUUUUGAUAUACUAGGAUUACUGUUGACUAGACGGUGCUGAAAACUCAAACUUUACUGAUACAUUACCACAGUUUCUACCGCGAAUUGGGUCCAGGUCCUAGUUUUCAUCCUCUGAGCAAUCAUCUUACUGCUAAUUAAGAAUCACCUACAGGGUCCUUUGCUAUUUUUUAUUCGCAUUUUUUCAGGUCUAGUAGGAAGACGACGGACAACUCCUUCAUUUGAAAUUACUGAAAUCACAUCAACCUGCAUUCAGUUUAAAUGGGGAGACCCACCCUACGAAGCCGCACUAAAGCACUUUAUACUACAAGGGACCGCCGUGAACAGCAACAAGACCGUGGAGAUGCGAUUCGCUGCAACCGAAAGAGAGGGUUUUCUUUGCAACCUUGAUCCCAACACGUACUAUGCCACCUCCCUUAUUUCUGUAACAGGGGAUGCCGGGUCAACGGUGAAAGUUGACCUGCAGAAGGUAUCUACCCGUUCUGAAGGUAAUCACUUCUUGCCAGCUCCUUGCCUAUUCUGUAAAAAUAGUGUCCAGUGAGGUGCAGAGUCAAUCAGCGCGUCCUGGGCACGCCUUGGGUUAAAACUAAUAGCAUUCUCGAGGCAUUCAGCGCAGAGUGUAAAUAUUCCCCAACACUCGAUCGUCGAGUUAAUGCGCAAAGAUAUUUGGUUCAGGUGUCUGUUUCUGUCUUCAGUUCCCCUCAAAAAUGAAACUGCUAGACGGUGAAGGCUGAGGGCAGACGCGCUCACGAAUAUCCUCCGUGGUAAGGACAUGACCGAGCAGGGAAUUCGGUCAGAUGUAGAACCUGAGUUAAUUAAACACCAGCCACUUGUAAUACGGAACCGGUGGUAAAAGGAGUUUUACAGGUGGGGCUGGGGUACGCACAAGCGACGAUGUCAGGUAAUUGUAUGCGAAAGAAAAGUUAAUGGGAAUACGUGCUUGUAAUUUGAGUGGUUGAGAAAUGGUUUCCCUAACCCAUAACCCCAACCACUAAUCCUAGUCCCUAACUCCAGCCCCAGACCCUAACUUCUAACCUUGAUCCUAUACCAUAAUCCCUAGCCCAUAACGCUGGCCCUAAACACUUAACCCUAACACUAAUACCUAACACUAACCCCAAGCUCUAACCCCUAGCCCCAACCCAUACCUAACGAUUAACCUUAACCGCAGCCCUAAACCCUACCCCUGAAAUCUUCAACACGAAAUUUGUAAGGAAACAACAGGCCGAAAGUCAAAAUGAACCAUUGGUAUUUGGCCGACACAACAACUAAGAAUUGAGGCCGCCAACAGAACACAGCAACCCCAUGCCAAUGUAAUCCCAACAACUCAAAAUAACUAAGUAGGUUAACAGUAUUGUGUAUAUCAGUUGCCGCUACAUAACCACAUCUUACCGUGAAUCCAAAUGUUCUGAUUGUUUUAACUGAGGCAAUUGUGCUUCGUUUAUCCUUCGUUUGGAAUCAGUGCCUUUUCAGUAAACAUGAACAGUUCUUGUGUUCACAUGCUCACAAAAAACAUAAUAUUCAAAAAUGAACAGUGUUUGGACUCAUCCUCCUUCCGUGGAAUUUUCCAGCUAGACUUUCCGAGGGCUCGGUAUUUCGUCAUCUGCCGUGUCAUUUUACACCGUUUCGAAUAAAGCGCGCUUUAUAUUCCAAGGGCUCAUGACAAAUUGUGCUGGUUAUGGGGUUUGGCUGUGCUUUGAGUACAACGAAUCCUGAUUUAUAUAUUGACCGUACCUUGGAAAAAUCUAAUUAACGGAUUAACUCCCCGUGAUAUAGAGAAAAAUCAGUAAAAACGGUAAUCUUUUGCGGCACAUGCAAUGGGACCUUGUGCAAACUGAAAUCACCUCUUAUUUGUAGUGUCGAUAUAAUAAUAUACGGUUACUUAGCCUAUUUAGGCACGAAGAAUCUGCCAAUGCAUAUAUCAGGCAGCAAAAUACCACCAUCUUAAUGACCUAAACUUUUUUUUCGUAAGAAACCGUUCAGCGUUCGGUGCCAUUCAUGCGACACCCAAUGGUUUUAUCUAUGUUUGUCAUAGUAAUCAUAAUGAGUGAAUGCCAAACAGGAAUUCUAACUCCACCCUAUAAUCUCCCUUCUUCGAACAUUCAAAUCCUCUUCGCUAGACAUUUCCUUGGUCAGGGCACUUUCGGAUGAAAAAUAUGCUCAUCUCUUUAGUUUCUUAGAUAACCAACCGAUAACGGUAGCAUUCGGUGGGGACUGUUGUCCACAAAAUACUAUUGUCAGAAUGAUGGCCUUAAUAUCCUGCUUUAAACGUUUUAUACAGAUUCAAAUUCGAGUGGGCCUAAAGUUGUCCACGACGCCUCCGUCAAUAACUUGGCGAAAGAGCUAACCACCGAUUCAAAUGCCAGAAUGAAUAACAGCAAUUCUACCGAAAAACCAGAAACGAAGACAGAGAACAGUACACCCCAAUCCCAAGAAGGCUUGAAUCAAACCAGUCCAGCGCGACCAUCGGAAUCGGAUGAACAGGGUAUGACCCCUAUGGGGGGAUUUUUUAUGCGAAUCACAAUAAAAUUGCUCAAAAUGUGGGCCGAAAAAUGAUAAAGAGGCUGGUUGAUCACGGUAAGUAGUGCUCACUUUUCCACGCUUUAAAGCUCGUGCAGACGUCCAACAGCGAAGCCGACGGUAGCAUCAGAGUGAUUGACAGUUAUAGAAACUCUGUGCCCCAUGUCUCGGGGCGACCGUGCAAAGCUCCUUAUGUGGACGCCAAAUCAGAACAUCCCUUGACAGAGUUUACAUCCAAGACCUCGGAAUAGAUGAAUUCUCGACCACACAUGUUUCCAGUGCGCGCAAUUGUAUCGGCAGCUGCAACCGUGAACUCGUGAAUUUGCAAGCGUCGGCUUGUGAUACUUCCUCAUCCCGUAGUACAUCCAGCUUGUCCUCAAUUAUAGCAUUUAUUCAGUCUGACCUGUGUAAUCACAAGGACGGUUUGGGCGCAGUAUACUGUAAUGUGCACCAAACUAAUCUCAGGGACUUGAUUGGUCAUCAUUUUCCAUGAUGCUGCUGUGUGCGUUAAUUUCGGGCCUGGGUAAGGACGACUUAUAUGGCCGCUAAAUGUGAACGGCAUGUGGUGGGAGACCGAAUUGAUUUACCUUUGACAAUUUAGUCCGGUUUUCUUUGUCCUGAUUGCUUGUUUAAAUGUGACGAAAAAAUAACACACCUGUAUUACCCGCUUCGUUGGCCUGUUUAGUUGUCGCGCUCUGUUGUCAGGUUACUUAACUUUCGGAAUUUCUAUAUUAUUCACUGGUCGGUUUCACUUGCUGCCUUUAAGGCUAAGGGCUUGUGAGAUGUAACUCCUUAGUUCGUGAGAACAUUACCAUUUACGUCAGAUAAAGAAGACCACGCCCUUGCAAGCCAUAGCCCUCGCCCUACUAGCACAUCAAGGGAGGGCACUUCUUCCUUAGUAAAUAGCACGCCUAGGAUGAAUGAGUUGAUCCGGCUACGGAAAUUCUGCAGUUUGUUCUUCAUGACGAUAAAAAGCAUGCCUUCGAUGUAACAACGCCAAAAUACUGGCUCAAAAUGAAUAAAAACAUCUCCUCCUAACUCCUGGAUGACAAUUUCUACAGAUUAACCGGAUAUUGGGAAGCUGAUUCUAGUCCCGUUACCCUGCACACAAGAUUCCCCAGUUAAGUCAAAUAUGGUUUCCUUGAAAAAUCCGUUUAUCUCACAAUGGACUCGAUAUAAGUUUACAAUAAAUUUUGUCACAUUCGACAGGGUAGAUGUGAAUAACGACGAUACACUGGAAAAGACCAUGGUACCGUCGGACAGAAUCGUCCGAACUCGGAGAUCUUAAAGGAAUCGGGAACCUGGUCGACUUAGAUAUUCGGACUUUCUAAGUGAAAAUUCAGUCUAAACGUGCAUUCACCUUGUCAAAUUAGAGCUUUUGUGAGGUAACGUUUUGACUACGUUUGACCCUGGCGCUCCCCCAUACCCUUAAAUUAUGUCGAUAUUAGUAAAAUUUAAAAUUUGCGUGAAUCUACUAACUAGCCUUUACAUUCUUCCCUAAUUCAUGUUCACGUCCACUGUUAAGCUUAUGAUACAGCAUUAUGCAAUGAUGGAUUGGAAAGCACUUGCCAAUUUUAGUGCCGAAAAGGCGAUUGAGCUUUUAUUGAUCAAAUAGAACACCUCAACUUGCACCCAGCUGGAAGUUCCAGGCCUCCUCAUGUGCAGGGCGUAUAGCAUUUGAUAGGCCGUGUGCAGAUACUGCACAUCUUAUUACGAUGACGCAGUGAGACACGCACGAGACUUUUUUCUCCUAAUUAUUAAGCAACACUAAAUGUGUGCAUUUAUACAGUAGAUGGGCUUACUCAUGAAAUGUCAGCCGAAACUCCGAAAUGCGUUUUCGUUUCGAAAAGAUUAACUAAGUAGUAUUGUAAAAAUAAUUAACCUGCAAAAAAUUCUCUAAUAAUUCAUUUACCACAGGAUGCCGGCUUUGGAACAAACUUUCUUUUCUAGCUGCAUGCAAAAACUAAACUGUGUAAAAAAUGACUAUUGAUUAGCAUGCAUUUUUCUCAUUGAUUUUCGAUGACUCUAAAAGCCCUAUGGUAUUUCAUAGAGAACGUGCAUAAAAAUAUUCAACCUUUCGCAAAUUCGGCAGAAAAUCAAGUUUUCCUUCAAUCUUUUGCUCAAAGGAGAGGCAUAGUUCGGUUUUCAAUAAGUUUCUAAUUGUGAGUCUUUUAAAUACUGUGAAAUAACCGUUCGUAAAUCGUCAUGUCUCUGCAUUUACCAAUGUGGUUUGUAAAGUUAACAAUAGGAAACAAAUCCCAUUGCACAUUUUAUGAACCCUACACGGCCUCCUCUUAAUACAUUAGAGAAACGUAUGGUUCUCCGUACGCGAAAGUAUACGGCUUGUAGUUUGGAAACCCUGAAUUCUAGUAUAAAGGCAGGACGGUUUCCUACUUAUUCGGAAACUGGAAAAGUUUUGAAAACCAAAUUAUAUCCCCCCUUUGAGUAUAAGAUGGAAGGAAGAUUUAUUUUUUUACCGCAUAAGCGCAAGAAUGAAAAUAUUUAUUCAUAUUUUCCAUGAAAUAUAAUUGGACUUUUAGGAACAUCGAAAAUCAAUGAGAAAAAUUCAUGCUAAUCAAUAGUCAUUUUUUACACAGUGUAGUUUUUGCAUGCAGCCAGAAGGAAGUUCGUUUUAAAGAUGACAUCCUGUGGUAACUGAAUUAUUAUCGAAAUAUGCUGCUGGCACAUUGGUUUUACGACACUAUUUAGUUAAUCUUUUCGAAAUGAAACCGCAUUUCGGAAUUCCAGUUGACAUUUUAUGAGUUAGCUCACUUACUGUAUAUAUAUUUUUGCAAGUUUUGCACUGUUUGUUUUGUGGUCUCGAAGAGAAUUUUCAUAAAGAAAGUGAAAAUGUUUAUCGUCAAAGUUACCAGCUAUACGACAUCCUUCUUUCCCUUAAAUUGCAAAAGGUCAAUCACGGAUAUUAUUAACCAAUUACGGUAGCGAAUAGUAAUUUCCUGCUUUCUUUAAUAAGACACAAAUUAACAUAGCCCUAAAGAUUAAAAAAAAUCGGCAGGAGACAGCAAAUUAUCAGGCAAAAUGGCCAGUUCUGGAUUUUUAAUUUCUUUUAUCAGGUUAUUGUUUACCGAGUUGAAUAAGAGACCACAGUCCUACUUAUUGUGAUAAGUAUAUUUUACAACUCAUGUUCCGGUCUUUUUCGAAGGCAUUGACAUAUAGGCGAAAACGUGGCACUCGUUGUAUCGAAUAUGCUGCUAAAAUUAACUGCCGAGCAGAGUGUAUCCUUGUACGCUUCCUUGAAAAGUGGUACUUAACGUAUAUUUUGGCAAAAUUAUGCUCAAUUUACGAGAAAACAUUUGCCAUGCUUUGAUUUAUGGAAUAUCCACUUUUUCAUAUUUUUUCGCAAUCCAGGUUUAAGCGAAUCUAAACCUGCCUUCAGCACCUCUGCUGAUAUUUUCUCAGAAGCAAUCGUUAUCAAUUCAGAUGAUGAAGGAGAUGACGGGGAUUCCUCUGCUAAACAAGACAAUAAGGUCACCACUUCGGCAAUCCCUACAGAAUCCAUUGAAGAUGGUAAUGUCUUCUAUUGGAGACAAAAUAUGCAAACCACAAGAGGGCCUAUUAAAAUAACGUUUGCAUGUACGGAUACCGGUUGUGCUUUUCAGCAUAGUUUUUGAAUUCUGUUUGAGUAACCGUUAUGAGAUGUUGGCUAAUGAAGUCUCCGCUUUUUAAAAAAUGGCUUUUUCCAGAUAAUUGAUUUUCGAGAGAAAAAAUAACCGCCUUGAUCAUGGUUGAACACUCCGAUAAAUAGCACAAUUCGGCCCAUUUUCCUGACAGUCACGUCCGUUGAGUUAGGAAUGAGCAUGAGAAGUCGAAUGUGUUCGGUUUGCAACAGUGAAAAGACCGUUGUCAAAUGUAAAUCAAGAGAACUUCUGGUUGGAGCCAAUUUGAUUUUGAAAAUGUUGCUUCGAUAACGGCACUAAUGUCACUUUCUUAUUUUCUAUCACCAAAAGAGAAGUUGAUUACGCUUUAGGUUAUACCAAGUCCAAUUACGCCACACUUUUCUAUUUUUCCCGAUGCUGCUAAACAGGUUUGAUUGGCCGUCAACAGAAGCGAACAAACGAGCUCCAUGAAUAGAGUUCAAAAGACGAAGAUGCGAUCACUGGAACAAAAAGUUUAUUGACCUGACGCUUCGGACUCUCGCUCGAACACAUCAUCAGAGGCAGUCCCAGAUAUGGGCAGUGAAGGGACAAGGACUACAGCAUUUGUAGUACGUGACUGCCGUUGGAACACAUGUGUACUGUGACUGACAGUUCUCACGAUCACCGCUGAGGUUUGUAAAAAGUGCGAUGAUGGCUCAUCGCCGCAGUGGCUCGAAAAUCGCCACUGCCCUUGUCUGCGACUGUCUCUGAUAAUACGCACAAGUGGGAAUUGGGUACUUUAGAUCAACAAACUCCUUGCUCUAGUGGCCAGAUCUACUUCUUCCGUGACUGAACGUAUUGAUACGACCCUAUGGAUAUAUUCAAUACCUACCAUUAAACAGCAGAUGAAUGUCAUAUAGUAGGUUGGUUUUUUACUUCUUUCCUCCCUGCUUCGAUCUGAACUUACUGUGCAGGUGCUACCUCAUGAAAGUUUUGGCGAAAUUUUCAAAUGCAUUUUCGUCUGGAGAAGAAUAAUGACAAAAAGGUUGUGCAGCAUAAUCCAAAGAUAGUUCGGUUGGCUUUGUAUUUUUUAGUUUUCUGCUCCGAUCUGAACUUAAAGUGGAUGUGUCAACUCAUGAAAUGUUUUCUGAAAUUCCCAAAUAGGUUUCAGACUCCAGAAGACUACUUAAGUAGGGCUGCAAUAUUAGUAACCGUCCAGGAUAUUUCAGUUACUUCGCGAUGUCGACUUUUAAACAAGCUUUAAUCUGGCCGCCUGCAAAAACCAAAUUCUGUAAAAACUGACUACUAACGUAGUGUGGAUUUUUUCUCCUUUAUGCUCAGUGUCCUUAUAGAUUAAAAUAUAUUUCAUAGAAAAAGUGUAUAAAGACAUUAACUUUUUUCUCAUUUGGAAAAUAACUACGUCUUUUUAAAAUUAUGUACUUAAAAGGGGGAUAUAAUCCAAUUUUUGGAACGUUUCUAAUCGUGAGACUUUUUAGACCUCGAUAUGCCCGUUAAUAUAACAUCAUGUCUCUGUAUUUACUAAUGUUGCUUGUGACGUUUGCAAUAUGAACCAAAUCCAUGGCUUUAUUUUAUGAACCCCAUGAGUUAUUUCACUUUCAAAUCCACUCUUUGCACAUAUUCAUCUGCUACGCUUUUAGAUUGUUAUUGGAUAUUCACAUGCUAACUCUGCUUUUGAGCAUUGCGAGUGGCAACUGUCGGAAAUCUAAUUUCACACUUUGCUCGUCAUUUUAGAAAUCGUGCAAGAAGAAGCCGUUUGGCAGACAGCAAUUGCCAUCUUAGGCCUCGCAGUUGCUUCUAUACUAGCUUACCAUGGUACUUCCUACAUCUCCUCUUUCUCUGUCGUCGAUGUGGGAGAGCCUUCAUUGAAUCGCAUGUCUAGUGAAGCCCUAAGGCCCGACUCGAGUCAUAAGUAUGUAACACUUGAGCAUCUGUUUCGCGCACUUUUAUAUCCUGACUGGUGAACUUUCCAUUUUGUUUUAGUGACUCCAUCCGCAGGCUCACAAAGUCAGAAUAUAUUGAGACCAAAAUGGUGGAACGUCAAACGCAAUUGAGUCUUGGUAAGCAUGAAACUGUAUGUGUUACAUUUAUCUGUCUCUCCACCUUACCGCAAUAACGCAGGCUUCCGCAAUCAACGCAAAGCAAAGGGAAGUAUUAACUGUCUGCAUUUAAUCGUCGUUUCGUCCUCGUGAAGACAGACAGCAUAGACAACGAUCUUCUAAACAAUGAGUACGGACAAAAAUUCUUACUUCGCAGGAGCUCUGAUUUCGCUUAAGUGGACAGAGCAUAAACGCUUGUUUUAUUAACAAUGUCCAGCGAGUGAUUUACAUGCGUGAGCUGUCGAAUGCCCAGGCAAAUCACAUUCUCACAGUUUUUCAAAUUCAGCUGAGAGUACACAAAAAACGAAGUCCAAACGUCUGAUUGCAUUCGAUUCAAAUUACAUAUGUUUACAAUAAAUGACGACCAUUAGGCUUCAAAUAACCGGACGUCUUUAAAUUUACUUCUUCACAGGACUGAAUGUCAACGGAUUUUGGCCUCGGUUGUCAUUUAGAAUAUGAAGCGCAUUCUGAAUGCUGAUUUCUGAAAGUUUCUCAAAGUCUCAAUCCCGUCUAGUUGUUAAGCUCUCAUAGGUUAAAUGCUUACCUCGUGAAAGAAUGCCCAACGAUGCAUUCACACGCCAUUUGUGUAGUCGACGUAACAUCUUUGUAUGAUCCCAAUUGGUAAAAUGAUGGCUUUUUUAGGGACUCUCCAAGAGGAGGGCCUUCCACCAGCGGCAAUCACAGUCACAGUCUUUGGGAUUCUCUCCCUUUUGGCGUUGGCGAUCGGCGUCUCAAUCCUGCUUAUUCGUCGACGCAGAAGGAUGAGGGAGUUGAAGCUCAACAUUGCUAUGGUCGAUAGCGACGAUGUCGACUCAAAAAUCUCCGCGGAUUUUUAAAUCUUUCUCUAUUGACUUCAUCUCAUGUAGUCAGCAUAAUGCAGUAGAAAUAGGCGUAAAUACAUAGUAGAAUAGUCGUACAUGUUUCUGGUUUUGAAUCAAGUUUGGCACGGCCAAUCUUGUAUUUAGAUAAUUAUAGGAAGAUUUCAAGGAGUAGGCGGGGCAGGCGUUGGACAUUAUCUAUGCCGUCAUUAACUCGUGGGUCUGAAUGACUUUUGUGCACGCCAAAUACGCACUGAUGCAAUGUAACAUUGGCUUCAAUAUUGACUAGUUGACGUCUCUUGUGUCUCCAGGCCAAUUCGUUUUCACCAUUUAAAAGUCCAUUGGUAAAGGAAGAUUAUAUCUCACUUCCAGCAGCAUAUUACAAGUGUUUUUAGUGUUCACAGUCUGGUCGGAUCGGGUGAAACCGAUCAAGGGUGAGUGUAGUCGAAAUAUCUAAUAUACAGUUACGCCCACCACCACUGUCAUCAUCAUCAUCAUACACUCCAUGCGUCAUUGUCUUACGUUCCGUAAAUAAGCAAGGCGUGUAUUUUUUUAAAACUACUGAGUUGAGAUUUGCAUUGUUUAUUGUAUCUGAGCGAUGCAAACUGAAAUUAAACAGUGCCACUUCAUAAAGUUUGUGCUAAACAAGCAUAUUAGUAAAUUUCAGCUACUUAAUCUGUUUUUAGGAAAUUACCUAACACCGUUGUUAUGGAAGCUCUCAUAAUCUGUCUAAAUAAGUGUGCCUUUUUUCACGAUGUUUUUAUAUUUCGAAUAGCAGUUUCUGAUAUCGUAUUCUCGAGUCUUGUAUUAAUACAAGAUAUUUAAUGGACGGAGUGAAUGAGGUGCGACAGAAAUCAGUUGAUGCACUAACUGAUCCUUUGGGCAUUUAAGCCUCUUCUCUAUUUUCGAAGAUAAGUCUUAGAAAAGUGCCCGCAUUUUCAUAGGAGCAUCUGAGAUUAAAAAUCCCACCUCCAUGCAAUAUCUUCUUGUGGCGGUCUCAAUCACAUGAUUAGCGCUCACUCAUCUGUCGCCCAUGAAACAAUAUCGCACCUACGUCUGCCAAUAUCGCUAAUUGGGUGAAAUACGUCUUUUCUGGAUGAUCGCGUGUGAUGAACGUUAGAUGGGGAUGUGGGAUUCCGCCAAGAAAUGCGCCUGAUAUCAGAAUGGACUCUGGUAGGGAAUGCAGCAGAGAGUAUGUAUCAAAUUCCUCCCAGACAUACUAUAAACUAUCGCACCGCAAUAUAUGUCAUGACCUUUAAGGUUUCCGACCGACUGGAUAAGCUGCGUUUUAAUCAAGUCGUAUCCCAAACUGCCACAUCUGUCUAGUAAAGCGACCCUGACUGAGGAAUGUUUUUACUUGUUCGUGUGAGUGCGCGUCUAGGCACGAGAGCAUGUGCGGGAUGUAGAUACGUAGCCAUUCGAUACCUGUGUUUUCAGUUGGCGCCUUCGUGAGCUUAUUUUGCCUUGGCAAACUGUCAAUUUACAAACAAAGCAAGAAACUUAUUGUGAGGACAAGGCCUUAAAAGAUUUUUAAAUACUGUAGGAUGAAACGGACAAUCCUAGGCGUUGCUUUACAGGUCACUCGGCUGGCAGGUAGGCAAUGACCAGUGGGCAAAGGUUGCACACAUGGUGAUAGUCCAACUCCGGACACGAGGCUCUGAUACGACCCCAUUUGAAAUCUACAAGCACGGUGGACACCGCCAGAUGGAUCACAUCACAGCACUCUUUUAGGAGAUGUGGUGAAAAGGUCAGGCCUAUCAGAAUUCCACAGACGCGACUGUCGUUCAUCCCUACAACUACAUAGGGAACCGGCAACUGCGUGACAGUCGCAGGGGAAUCUCGCUACUCAACAUCCCUGGGGAGAUCUUUCCGUCAAUCAAGUCAACAGAUACCUCGAGCAAAGACUACCGCUGGAAAGACAAUGUGGCUUUUAACAGCACCGUAGGGCCACUGAUAUGGUCUUUGUUGAUUGCCAGCUACACCGGAAGUGCUAGGAGAUGCGAACCCAACUCUGCACUAUCUACUUGAACUUGCCGAGGACCUUCGAAGUGGUGAAUCGUGGGUGACUGUGGGGAAUCAAACAGAAAGUCGGCUAUCCUGAGCGAUUCACCCAUAUGGUCCGUUAGCUCCGCGUCCGAAUGGUGGCACGCGUUAUGGACAACGGCACCAUCUCCGAGGCCUUCGCUUUGACCAGUGGAAUGAAGCACAGUUGCGCACUUACUGUGGUGUGCGUCCUGGGAUACGCAUUGCCCACAGAGCCGAAGGGCAUCUUUUUGACCACAGGCGCAUGCAGGCUACGACGCGGCUUCUACGACCACUGUCAACGAUCUGCUCUUCUCCGACGGCUGCGCGGUCAACACCACGACGGAAGGAGACAUGCAACGGAACCUGGAUCUCUUUGCCGCCGGCUGCGCCAACUCUGAACUGACCAUUAGCAUGGACAAAACGGUGAUCAUGCACCAACCCUCACCCAACGCGGAUUAUUGCCCACCUCAUAUCAAUGUCAAAACUACGGACAUCUUCCUUCUUAAUAUCCCCACUAAGGGGGGUUCACAGGCAUCCGAGACUGAACCCGAGUAG